ACCAGGAGAUGGUUGUCGGUAUCACACUGGCAAAGGCCAGAGAGCGAGGUAAAUAUAAAAGGCCAGUGCCAGGACUUAUUUUUGCCUCUUGUCUUUUGAUUGUAGAAAGAACUCAUCCCAGAGCUUCUGCAAAGACUUUCAAUUGCCUUGUCAACCGUGACAGAGAAGGCAAUACCAAUUCCUCCCCUGCCGGGACAUCAGAUUGGAGGUAUCCGACGUUCCAGGAGGAGUCUAGAGGCAUGCCGUCAAAGUCGACGCAAGACUCCUUCCCCGAGGUGCGCGGGCUCAUCUACGACGAAUCCGAGAUGGCGCUGUUCCACGCCAAACUGGCUUACCACUCGACAAUCGACGCACGAAACGCCUCACAGGACACCAACCUGGCAUCGAUCUCGGAGCAUCAGGCUCGGAUCCUACGGCGCUGGGAGAUGCUGAAGCAAGCCGAAAAGGAGCUGGCAGACAAGGGGAAGAGCCUUUCCGCCGCAGACAAGAAGCAACUGGCGCAGUACGAGUGGAGAUACAAGCGACUAGAGGAACUGGCCACCACCAAGGCCGGAUAGGAUGAAUGACCAGCGAGUGUGGCGAGGGGGGGGGGGGGGG